UGUAGAGGUGAACAGCUAUUUUAUUAUUUAAACAUUUUGUUUGGUUCAACCAUGUUCAGGGUAGAGGCUUUCCGUGACGCAGCAUCUGCCAUGGAGCAAGAGAAAGAAACGCUGCUAGAAAUGAUCCACAACAUACAGAACAGCCAGGACAUGAGGCACAUCAGCGAAGGUGAGAGAGAAGAGCUUAAUUUGACAGCUAAUCGCCUGAUGGGCCGAACCCUCACGGUGGAGGUUUCUGUGGAAACCAUCCGGAACGCCCAGCAGCAGGAAUCCCUCCUGCAUGCCACCAAGAUGAUCGAUGAAAUCGUCAAUAAACUUCUAGAUGAUUUGGAAGACGCCAAAAUCCGCUUAAUGUCGCUUUAUGGUGCGUGCACAUCCGACGUGCCAGCAGGACCCAUCGAUCAGAAGUUUCAGUCUGUGGUGAUCGGGUGUGCCAUUGAGGAUCAGAAGAAGAUCAAAAGGCGGCUAGAGACUCUGCUCAGAAACUUGGAAAAUUCGGAAAAGUCUAUCACGUUGUUGGAGCAUCAGAAAUCAUCUGUUCGACAGUCUUGCAACAGCAAACAGGAUUAAACUGUCCUCUGGGCUACUUCUGGCAAACCGCAGGAUGAGCAAAGCUCCAUAAAAAGCACACAGAAGCUAAGGAAAACCAGAUCUCCCUGUGCGAGCGCGCGCAUAGGUACGCAUGCACAGCACCAGAGUAUCUUUGAUUGCGAGGUGUGAGCAUUUAAUGGGUUUUGGUAGCAUCAGCAUUUUCUUUUGGCAAUAAAGAAUGCUCCUCUAGAGUCAAUCCCGCUCUUCUGCAAGUUGUAAUAGUGCUUCUGCUGAACUGUCAGGAACUGCCAAAAUCUUUCCUCCAUUCUCCUGGGUUGGUUUUGUUUUAAACUAAAGUUUGUUUGUCCUAUCAUGAGAUUUCAGCUUUUCUCUGCUGUAUACAUAGCGUGCGAACUAGACUUUUGGGGACAGAAGACAAAUCAUGGCAAUAAAUCAAAAACUAUUAAUAAA